UCAAACUAAAAGGCUGCCACUCCCCUGUUUCCCGCCGGCUCGCUCAGCUCAGCUCUGCGCCUUCUUCUGCACCACGCCACCCAUCCCAUCCACACCCACACCACGCUCCGCCUUUCUCCACUCUCCUUCCUUCGCUUCGUUGCGAGCCCAGAUCGAUGGCGCAGCCGCAUCCGUCCUCGUCGUCCUCCGCGCAGCCGCUCUCCUCGCCGUGGGUCAUCCUAGGCAGCAUCCCGCGCGUCUCCGCACUGGCGGACGCCGGCGACGUCUCCGUCGAGCUGGCGGCGCCGCCGCGCGUCUCGAUCCUCACCGUCUCCCCGCGCGUCUUCCCGGACCCCCCUACGCCCCGCAACUUCCCCUUCGUCCUCGCCGCCGACCCCUCCGGCCUUCUCCUCCUCCAGGCCAACCUGCACUGCGCCCCGACCCGUGAGGUCAUCCGUCGCCCCGGCCUCCAGGAACUCUCCUGGAAAUUCGCUACUUCUCGCUACUUCGUGCUCGACGCCACCACCGGCUCGGCGUUCCACCUCCCCUACCCGGAGGCCACCAUCAUGCACCAGGCCCUCCUCGGCCUUCUCGUCUCCCCCAGGGGCGGCGGCCACUACAUGGUCGCGGAGCUCCAGCCCAUCAUCGGCUUGGACGAAGCCACGCUCCUCUGCUUCUCCACAGAGGUUGGGGAGUGGAUCGAGAAGACCGUCCAUUACCCGCUCCCGCCACGCCCGCUGGCUCCCAUCUGCGUGGUUUCGCAUCACGGGAGGCUCUGGUGGGUGGACCUCUCAUGGGGCGUCAUCACCUGCGACCCCUUCGCCGACGAGCCGGUCCUGGGCUUCGUUCCGUUCCCGCCGGGAAGGGUCCUGGAGUGCAGGGAAGGUUGGGGUGUCGCCGACAAGUUCCGUUACGUGGGGGUGAGCGGCGGCAAGCUGCGUUUCGUCGACAUGUACAUGGGCAAGCGUGCUGGUGCUGGUGCUGGUGGCGGCGGCACUCCCACUCCCACUCCCACGGUAAGCGUGUGGACGCUGGGCGAUCCAAACUCCAGGGAGUGGACGCUGGAGCAACAGGCGAGCUUUACAGAGAUCUGGGCCGAUGAGAGCUACAAGGCGGCCGGGCUGCCGGAGAAGAUCCCCAUCGUCGCGCUCAUUCACCCCAAGAACCCCGAUGUGGUCUACUUCUUCCUCGAGGAGCACCUCUUUGGUGUUGACAUGCGUGCUCGCAAGGUGAUGGAGUGCCAGGUGUAUGGUCUUGUUGCGCCUCCGAGCAUCCGCCUGGCCAGCCGCUUCGUUCGGGCUUGGGAGCUGCCACGGGCGCUCUCCUCCUCAGGCGAGUGGUCUAAUGGCAUCGACUUGGCUGAGAGCGCUAAUGCACGCCCAUACCAGCCAUCGCCAGGGGACUACCACUUGGUGGGGGACACCAGGCAGACAUUCAUAGGUUGAAUUGGAGGAACAUGAAGCAGCUAGCAGUCUCCUAUCUAGCCUAGGUCAGGCCAGGUGUAGUGCUGAAUUCAAGUUAUGGAACGGUCCAUCCCGUCCCGUCCCGGUGUCAUCUUGGUGCAAAGUAGCUUACCGCGUUUCUCGGCGCAUCAGAUCAGUUGGUGAGUGAUGGUGAUGCUGAGGAAUGACUAUCGGUUACUUGUGUUUUUAUGAUGUUGAUCUCCGCUUGGAUGGAGCACUUGUACCGGAAGUGUGACUUGGGUGUGCGUGAUUUAUGGUUCCAUUCAGCAUUUGAACUGCAUGCCGAGCUGUGAUUGCUUGCUGCAUUAUUUACUUCA